UUUUGAAAGUAAGGAAUAUUAUGACAAUACCCCAACAGUGCCAUAUUUGCCAGAUCUACUGCUGAUGAGGCCUUUCACUUAAAACCUGGGCUCUUUUGGGCUGGCUGGGAUAAAAGUUGGUCAAGUGUAAUUUCUCGACAAAUUUAUUAUGUUACUACACGUCAAAAUUAGAGUAAGAAUUUCUUAAUGCCAUGUUAUUUAUAUAUAUUUUGCCACCAAAUUGUUAAUUUUUAUUAUUUAUAUAUUUUACUUGAAUUAAUCUAUUCGUCAUUCAGAAGAACUGGGAAACCAAGAAGCUAGUCUUCUUGUAUUCUGUCCCGGACCAGGUCCAGCAACCACAGUGUCAACAGGAAUAUUUAUGAAAAGUCAAAACAGUAGUAUACCAGUUGAGAAAGACAAGACAUUUCAUGUACACUGAAGCCUCUGCUGGUGGUGAGAGGUUUACAAUAGACUUCUUCUUACCUUCAGGCUUGAAAAUCAGCACACAAGAUGUGUUCUAACCAGAAAAAAGUUGGGAUGGCUAUGGUGAGUGAUGGUAAAAGUCGACCACAUCCAAUGAGAUUAAAACUGUCAGGAAAUACACUGGUUCUACAAAAGGAGGAAAUUAUUGAUUCAGCAAAUUUCAACAGUCAAAAAGUUGAACCACCAAAGGAUUCUAGAGAGAGGGUGAUAACGAUACAUCGACAGAAGGUUGGAGGCUUGGGGCUUAGCAUCAAGGGUGGGGCAGAACACAAACUUCCAAUUUUGAUUUCCCGGAUUUUCAAAGAUCAAGCAGGUAUUAGUUUGUAG